AUAUAUAUAUAUAUAUAUAUAUAUAUAUAUCAUGUAUUAUGUAUGGAUGGGUGUUUUAAGCUUGAAUGUUCAGGAAAGGAAAACAAAUAUUUGACAUUGGAAAGACUAAAAGGAAUACUCAUAAAAUUGUAUCCGAACCAAUUCCAAAUAAUCCUAGAGGAGAAAUAAUAACUUUGAGAAGAAAAAAAAGCCUCUUUUAGCCAAACAUGGCUGGUAUUCCCCUCAGUAUGCCUAAUGGAAUGGGGAACGAUAUCAAUACAGUUCUUCGGGACUUGGAACGUGGAUUAGUGGUCGGUUUAUUCUUCCCAAGGAAGAAACCCGAGAAACGAACCUUGAGCGUUAGACUGGAAACUCGACAAUUAAUUUGGGUUAAAACUUUAGGAAGCCGACCCGAAGGAACAGUUGACUUGAGGGAAGUGAAAGAAAUACGACCAGGAAAGAACUCCAAAGAUUUUGAGAAAUGGGCUGAUGAAGCUCGAAAAGCAGACAAGAAUUUGUGCUUUGUGAUAUUUCAUGGAUCAGAAUUUAAACUCGCAACAUUAUCAAUUGCUGCCUCCAACAAAGAUGAAUUCCGGAAAUGGUUGAAGGGUUUGAACCAUCUGGUACAAGACACACAAAAUGUUUCUUACCAACUCCAAGUGGAAAGAUGGCUUCGAAAAGAAUUCUACCUCAUGGAAAAAUUGGGUACAUACGUAGUAACACAGAAACAUCUAAAAGGAUGGAUGUUACGAAUAAAUUAUAAAAUUGCCAGCAACAAACUAAGAGACAAAUUUCAAGAAGUCGAUAAAAGUGGUACUGGUUCUAUAGGAUUUGAAGAAUUUGCAGCCCUGUUCCGUAACUUAAUUCAUGUGCCAUCUAUUAUCACAGAAAGGUUCUCCAAUUAUUUUGAAUUCAGUGGGAAUAUUAGAACCAUGUCACCUGAAAAUUUUCAACUAUUUUUGCUACAAGAACAAAGAGAUUCAAGUGCCAAUGAUAUCAAUGUUGUGAAAGACAUCAUGAAAACUCACCUGGACGAUGCAGUGAGAGCAGCUGCUGAGCCUUAUUUUACUGAACAAGAGUUUGAAGAUUAUUUAUUUUCUAAACCAAAUCAAGUUUGGGACACAAAAUACGACAAAGUGACGCAAGACAUGAACCACCCUUUGUCUCACUAUUGGAUUGCUUCUUCUCAUAACACUUAUUUAACCGGUUGUCAAUUAAGGAGUGACUCAUCUGUGGAAGCCUAUGCCCGGUGCUUGAGAAUGGGUUGUCGGUGUAUUGAAUUGGAUUGUUGGGAUGGCCCUGAAGGUUACCCACACAUAACACAUGGCCUUACAUUAACCAGUAAAAUAAAAUUCCUUGAUGUCCUCAAAACCAUUGCUGAACAUGCCUGGGUGACAACAGAUUACCCCCUGAUUUUAUCAAUAGAGAAUCACUGUACACUCCCACAACAGCGGAAGAUGGCAAUGGCUUUCAAAGACAUGUUCCGGGAUGACUUACUUGUUGAUUUUAUUGACAAAGAUGAAACGCAAUUACCUUCCCCUAAUCAACUACGUAAAAAGAUCCUUUUGAAGAACAAAAAAUUGCAAAAAGGUGCCGAAGAAUGUGUAGUUAACGCAGAUGAUAAUAACAUUGAGGCUGAUCUGAGUAAUUCUGUAAAGAAUGGUAUCAUGUAUCUUGAAGAUUCCAUAGAUCAUGUUUGGCAUCCACAUAUAUUUGUAUUAACCACAGCCAAAUUGCUCUACGCUGAAGAUCCGUCUGCAGCAGAACAAGAUGAAGACCAAGAGGAUGAAGAGAACAGUUUAUGUGCCGAGCAAAACUGUUCUAGUGAUGAGCUUCACUUUGGUGAAAAAUGGUUCCAUGGGAAACUGGAAGGUGGGCGGCACCGUGCUGAAUGGCUACUACAUCAAUACAAGUCUUUAGGUGAUGGCACAUUUCUUGUUCGGGAAAGUGAAACCUUUAUCGGAGAUUUUUCCCUUUCAUUUUUACGGAAAUCCAAUGUAAAUCAUUGUCGUAUCAAGUCCAAGCAGGAUCGUGGUCAGCUGAAGUAUUACUUGAUCGACACAUUGUUGUUUGACAGUUUGUACUCACUAAUAACCUAUUACAGACAGAAUCCACUCCGCAGCUCUGACUUUGAGCUCACUCUAAAAGAACCCAUUCCACAGCCACAGUGCCAUGAGGGCAAAGAGUGGUUUUAUGGUGAUAUUGAUCGAGUUACUGCUGAAGAUAAAUUGAAAAGAAUUCCACGUGAUGGUGCCUUUUUGGUGAGGAGAAGUGAAACAGACCAGUAUGCAUUUGUGAUAUCCUUCAGGUGUGAAGGUAAAAUAAAGCACUGCCGAAUUAAACAAGAGGGUCGCCUCUUCACGAUCGGUACUGCACAGUUUGAGAGUUUACUCAACCUGAUAAAAUAUCAUGAAAAGAAUCCUCUCUACAAGAAAAUGAGGCUUAGGUACCCAGUCACGGACCAGUUAAUCAUGAGAAUGGGUAUUGCACCAAAUGCUGGUUCAAUGCAUCAAGAGCUCUAUGUUAAUCCCAAUGAUUUUACUUCAAAGGAACCUGAUGAUGGCAAUAUCCAUGGCGAUGAGAUCUAUUACAUGCCCAAGUACACCUCCAAGGUGAAAGUAAAAGCUAUCCAAGACUACCAAGCCAAGCGACCGGAUGAAUUGUCAUUCCGAAGAGGGUCCAUUGUGAAUAAUGUCCAUAAACAAGAAGGGGGAUGGUGGCGAGGAGAUUAUGGCACUGACAAACAGCAUUGGUUCCCUGCCAAUUAUGUUGAAGAAAUUGAUGGUUCUGAUGAUACAGGGGACACUUCUGAUCUCGGUUCUUUACAGAAAGGAUCCAUAGAUUUAAAGAACAGUAUUAUAGAGAACGUGACCGGUCCUACCAACCUGUUUGUCUUUAGAAUUUAUAAUUGCUACCAGAACAGUCCACUAGAAAUUGGUUGUGAAACUUCAAAUGACUUUGUGGAAUGGUUCAGUGCCAUCAGCAAGUGCAUUGCUUCUGCCAAUGAACGGGUAAAUCAUGGAUUGCAAUUAGAACGAACCAAACAUAUUGCUCAGGAAUUUUCUGACCUCAUUGUCUACUGUCAAGCUGUUCCUUACAAAUUUGGUAAUUACUAUGAAAUGUCUUCCCUGCCGGAAACAAAAGCUGAGAAGAUGACAACCAAGAAAGAAGCAAAAUUAUUUGCCAAAUAUAACAGAAACCAACUUAGCCGAAUCUAUCCAGGACGGCACCGGGUUGACUCCUCCAAUUUCUAUCCUGUUCCAAUGUGGUGCUGUGGGUCCCAAAUGCUUGCCCUAAAUUAUCAAACUGGAGACCGAAGCAUGCAUUUACAUCACAGCCGGUUUGCCAUGAACGGCCAAUGUGGUUAUAUAUUGCAACCGGAAUGCAUGAGGGCCGAGGACUACGACCCUUUCAGUGUCCACACAAUGAAAGGAAUUGAGCCAAUGAUGUUAACAAUGACCAUAAUUGGUGCCAGGCAUUUAGUAAAGCAAGGUCGAGGCAUUGCCAGUCCUCUUGUUGAAGUUGAGGUCUGCGGCCUUGAUUGUGACACCCAUAAAUGGCAUUCAAGUACGAAAGUGGACAGUGGUCUAAAUCCAGUCUGGAAUGAAGUCUGUCACUUUGAUAUCGAAUGCCCUGAUCUGGCCUUAUUGCGUAUCGUUGUGCAAGUGGAAGAUAUGGUAGGAGACCCCAGUUUUCUUGGACAGGCUGGUUUCCCUGUGCAUACAUUACGAUACGGUUAUCGAGUCGUUCCAUUAUUGAAUGCUUAUUCGGAAGAAUUAGAGUUAGCUUCUCUUUUAAUCCAUUUUGAUAUAAGGAACACAAGAGACAGCGAAGACCAGGAGAUUUACAGUUCCAUCCAAGAAUUACGGAAACAGGCUGAUGAAUUGAUGGAGCAGCUUGAAGAUGAGGAGGAUGUGAUGCAACGCGAUAUUGUUGAACAACAGCUUAAUGAGGCCACAGAGAAGUUACAAGCCAAAAGAGAAGAGCGCAAACAGAAGAAGCAGAGUUCCAGAUCGCAAAUUGUUUAUCGGCGGACAGCAAACAAUUAAUUGUAUAUAAGCUCUCUCUCUCUCUCUCUCUCUCUCUCUCUACUCCUCAAUUUCUGCCCUUUCUCCACUCCAUCUCUCACUAUCCCUCCUUUCUCUCUCUCUCUCAACCUGUUACUUUUUUUUACAAAUGUUGCCUUAAUUUCCCACUGCAGGAAAUCUA